AUGCUGGAUACCACCCGAUUUGAAGAAAGUGAUGUUGACGAUGAGAGAAUUUUCAGAUUGUCGAAGAGAGCUUCUUCUGCGACCCGACAGUACACACUCAAGACAGUUAAACAUGCGAACAAUUGGCAAGAACUCAACAGAAUGAAUGAAGAAAUCAAAGAUGCAAUAAAAGAUCUGAAGAUAAGAAAGAGCCCUGGAAAUGACCAGGUCACAGCUGAGAUGAUAAAGUAUGGUGGAGAGAACGUAGAGGUGUUCUACAACAGGCUUUGCACAAAAAUAUGGCAUGAGAAAAAAUGGCCAGACGAUUGGGGACAAUCAGUUUUUGUUCCGAUCCUAAAGAAAGGUGACACUUUACAAUGCAGCAAUAAUAGAACAUUUUUUCUCAUCAGUCACAGCAGCAAAAUGCUUCUGAAAAUCAUCGCCAAACAAAUGACCUCAAAACUAAACGAAGAAACAGCUAAAGAACAAGCAGGAUUUAGACCUGGAAAAGGCACCAGAGACCAAAUCAUGAACCUGAAAAUGAUUCUCGAAAAGAACAGAGAAAGGAAUUGA